UCAGAAUAAACGGAACAAGCUGUAGAGUUAUAAUGAAAACAGAGGAUCAAGUUGAGGUUUCAUUCACAAGAACAUGGGAUCCGUCUCUUGAGAGAACGUACGCUCCAUUGAAGAUAGACAAAAGGUAUGUAUUGCUUCGUGGUUCUUCGGGAUUUUACUCGUAUGCAAUAUAUGAGCAUAUGGAUGGAUGGCCUGGUUUUAAUCUUGAUGAAACGAGGAUAGCAUUUAAGCUCAGGAAAGACAAGUUUCACUACAUGGCAAUGUCUAAUGAUAGAAAAAGGUAUAUGCCAUUGCCUGAUGACCGGUCGGCCAAUAGAAGUAAACCAUUGGCUUACCCCGAGGCAGUACUUCUGGUUAAUCCAGUGGAACCAGAGUUCAAAGGAGAGGUAGACGAUAAAUAUCAGUAUUCAUGUGAAAAUAAGGAUUUAAAGGUUCAUGGAUGGAUAUCUAUAGACCCGCCUAUCGGAUUUUGGCAAAUUACACCAAGUAAUGAGUUUCGAACCGGUGGACCAACAAAACAAGAACUUACCUCUCAUGUUGGCCCGGUUAAUUUAGCUAUGUUUAUUAGUGCUCACUAUGGUGGAAACGAUUUAGUUCUCAAGCUUAAAAAAGGCGAGCACUGGAAAAAAGUGUUUGGCCCAGUUUUUAUGUAUCUCAACUCAAAAACUACAAGAGAAGACCCUCUUACGCUUUGGGAUGAUGCCAAGAACCAGAUGCUGGAUGAAGUAGAAAAAUGGCCUUACACUUUUCCAGUUUCUAAGGACUUUCACCAAGCUCACGAACGCGGUUCUAUUAGUGGUAGAUUAUUUGUAUACGAUAGGUUCAUUAGCAAGAAUCACAAGCCCGCAAAUGGUGCUUUUGUUGGAUUAGCUCUACCAGGAGAUCCUGGAUCAUGGGAACGCGAAAACAAGGGUUAUCAAUUUUGGAAUAAAACGAACGUUGAUGGCCAUUUUUAUAUCAAAAACAUAUUGGCAGGCACGUAUAAUGUAUAUGCUUGGAUUUAUGGAUUUAUUGGCGACUACAAAAACUCAGCCACCAUCACCAUAACACAAGGUUGUAACAUUGAACUUGGCGAUCUUGUUUUCGAGCCCCCAAGAAAUGGUCCGACGUUAUGGGAGAUUGGCAUACCCGAUCGCUCUGCAUCAGAAUUCUAUAUUCCUGAUCCUAACCCACUGUAUACAAACAAAUUCCUUAAGGACGAUCUUAAUAGAUUUAGACAAUAUGGAUUAUGGGAAAGAUAUGCAACUCUAUACCCGAACAAUGAUUUAGUUUUCACAGUUGGCAAAAGUGAUUACAGAAAAGAUUGGUUCUAUGCACAAGUGACGAGGAAGAAAUAUGACAACAUAUACGAGAACACAACAUGGACAAUCAAGUUCAUGCUUAAUGACGUGAUUAGGAAUGCAACAUAUAAACUGAGACUGGCUCUAGCAUCCGCACAAGUGUCCGAUCUACAGGUUCGAGUCAAUGACCCCAACAAGUAUUUUCCAUUAUUUUCAACUGGAAUAAUUGGAGGAGACAAUGCAAUUGCAAGACAUGGAAUACACGGAUUGUAUUGGUUAUUCAGCAUUGACAUAUCAUAUUCAUAUUUGCUCUCUAAUAAGAUGAAUGCCAUUUAUUUGACUCAAGCGAUUGGAGGAACCCCAUUUCGAGGAGUAAUGUAUGACUAUAUUCGUUUAGAAGGACCAACUUCUAUGUAGUCCGUCAGUUAAUU